UAGACAUUACAAUGAUCAUCCCUCCCUGCUUCCAGCUUGUGGUCCAAAGAAGGCGAAUAUGCGAAAAUUCGCGAAUCUCUGCACUUCUAGAGGACACUGAUCCCUCCCUUCUUUUAGCUUAUGGGCCAAUGAGAAGGAUGCAAAUACAGUUGUCAGAGUUGGGAAAGUUUGGAAGACAUCCUUGCUGAGUCACUCAGCUCUAUAUAUACAGCAGCAGAACGGGUUUGGAUGUCACCACAGGUACAUUUCUUGCUGGAUGCUGGAGCAGAACAACAAGGAUGAAGCAGAUUUCAGUGCUAGUUGUGCUUCUCUCCUGCUGGUCAAUUUGUGCUGCUGCAGAGCCUGCAGCAUGCAACCUGAAAGGUCAGUGGAAGAAUGACCUUGGCUCUAACAUUACCAUAGCUGCAGUUUCACAGAAUGGAGUAUUUUCAGGGACAUACCUAACAGCUGUAUCAGCCACCAAUAAUACCAUUGUGGAAUCCCCUCUGAUCGGAUAUCAGCAAUUAGAUGGUUCAUCGUUCGGCUAUACUGUCAAGUGGGAAUUUUCAAGUUCCAUCACAGUUUUCACAGGUCAGUGCUUCAUCACGGAAACAGGUCCUGUUCUGAAAACCAUGUGGCUGUUGAGAUCAGAAAGUGAGAAUAUUAAAGAUGACUGGAAACAAACAAGAGUUGGUUAUAACAUUUUUCAUAAAUUGCCAAAAAUUCUGAAAGUUCCUAACCAAAAGUAAAAAGUCCUCGUGAUCGAAAAGUCCUGGAUGGAAUCUGGAAUUUACCAAGAUGGAAGAGCUGAUCUGGAUAAA